UGACGUCAUCUCCGUGAACAGGAUUGGCCCUGAAACAGUGUGGGGCCUGGACCGCUGGGUAGGCGCGUCCAGCGGCCUGAGCAGGGGAGGGUAAUGAGGCAGUUACGCCCUUCUCCACAUCUUGGCGGGAGCGUGACGCCCCGCUUCUUCCCUAACGGGGUGUUCCAUCGGCGCCCGCUGGGGCCUAGGCCUCCGCAGCCGCGCUCCGUCUCCUCAGCCCCGACGCUGCGCCCGCUGUGUGCGCAUUUUUCUCUGGGGAAACUGAGGCCCUGAAUGCGAAAGUCAGCCGAGGUCGCCCCGCCCAGGACAGAGAAGGGCUGGGGGGUCGGCUGAGUCGCGGCAUUCCCGGGCCCCGCUAGGGCUGCAGGCUCCCAGGAUGGCAGACUCGGCGCAGGUGUCUGUGACCUUUGAGGAUGUGGCUGUGACAUUCACCCAGGAGGAGUGGGGACAGUUGGACGCAGCCCAGAGAACCUUGUAUCAGGAGGUGAUGCUGGAGACCUGCGGACUUCUCGUGUCUCUGGGCUGUCCUUUGUUCAAACCAGAGCUGAUCUACCAGUUGGAUCACAGACAGGAGCUAUGGAUGGUUAUAAAAGACCUCUCCCAAAGCUCCUAUCCAGGUGACAACACAAAACCCAAGACCACAGAGCCUACCUUUUCUCACCUGGCCUUGCCUGAGGAAGUCUUACUCCAGGAACGACUGACACAAGGAGCCUCAAAGGACUCCCAAUUAGGGCAAUCCAAGGAUCAGGAUGGGCCAUCUGAAAUGCAGGAAGUCCACUUGAAAAUAGGGACAGGCCCCCAGAUGGGGAAACUCCUGGAGAAAAUGAGUUCUGAAUGUGAUGGUUGGGGGUCAGAUGAUGGUAUAUGUACAAGGAUUACACAAAAACAAGUUUCAACAGAAGAUGAUCUCUAUGAAUGUGAUUCACAUGGCCCAGUUACAGAUUCCUUGAUUCACGAAGAGAAAAAUUCCUAUAAAUGUGAGGAAUGCGGGAAAGUGUUUAAAAAGAAUUCCCUCCUUGUUCAGCAUGAACGGAUUCACACUCAAGUGAAGCCCUAUGAAUGCACAGAGUGUGGGAAAACCUUUAGCAAGAGCACUCAUCUUCUUCAGCACCACAUCAUCCACACUGGGGAGAAGCCCUAUAAGUGCAUGGAGUGUGGGAAGGCCUUCAACCGUAGGUCACACCUCAAGCAGCAUCAACGGAUUCAUACUGGGGAGAAGCCUUAUGAAUGCAGUGAAUGUGAAAAGGCCUUUACCCACUACUCCACUUUUGUCUUGCAUAAAAGGACCCACACUGGAGAAAAACCCUAUGAAUGCAAAGAAUGUGGAAAAGCCUUUAGUGAUAGGGCAGACCUCAUUCGACACUUCAGCAUCCACACUGGAGAGAAACCCUAUGAGUGCGUGGAGUGUGGAAAGGCCUUCAACCGCAGCUCACACCUUACGAGGCACCAACAGAUUCACACUGGAGAGAAACCCUAUGAAUGCAUCCAGUGUGGGAAAGCCUUUUGCCGGAGCGCAAACCUUAUUCGACACUCCAUCAUUCACACUGGAGAGAAGCCGUAUGAAUGCAGUGAGUGUGGAAAGGCUUUUAAUCGUGGCUCAUCCCUCACACAUCAUCAAAGGAUUCAUACUGGGAGAAACCCUACCAUUGUAACAAAUGUGGGAAGACCUUUUAUGACUGCACAGACUUCAGUCAACAUCCACGAACUUUUAUUAGGGAAAGAGUUUUUGAAUAUCACCACUGAAGAAAACCUGUGGUGAAAGGGAACAUCUUGCCAUCUGGCCAUUCACACUGAAGAGAAACUUCAUAAGCAUCCUCUGUUUGAGAAAACCUGUAAUAGAUUAUCAUUUGUCAUCUAAACAAUCAUGUUAGAAAUUGAACCAGCCUGGAGUCUUAUUCUCUAUCUGAGAAUUCACCCAUGAGAGAGACCCAGCGGUUGCUAUGCACUUAGGAAAACCUUCAGUCACAUCUUUCUUCUUAGUUUACAGUGAAAUAUUAUCUCAGGGAUAUUUAAACAAAGGAAGAGGAGAUAUAGGGAAGAGAAAGAAAACACAGCUUCUUUUAGACUUGUCUGACAAGCCUAUGGCAAUUUGUCAUCCUUUUGUUAUUUUAUUUGGGAGAGGGAAAUGUUUCAGAAACAAAAGAUCUCAUCCCCUUUAUUUGUCCCGUGUAUACAUUCACUGCUGCCCAGUGUCAGAACAGUUAGACAAACGAGGGCUUGAAAAUAUUUUGUGAAAGCUUGCUUAGUCCUGCAACAUUCUCCACUCUUGAGGUGCAGGAGCAUACAUCUUUAUAAAAAAUAUGGAGGCUUGAGUUAUGAAACACUUUUAUAAGGAGAUAAGGAUGUACAUAUGUUUGGACACAUUGUCCACUUCAGAUGCAUGUUUAAAAAAACUGUUUCACCGUGUGUCUUUACUCAAUACUACACAUACUUUUUCUUGAUGUGGAUUUACUUUUUUUUUUUUUUUUUUAGUUUUCCUGGGUUAGGGAUGAUAGUGUAAUUGUUCAUGCACAGAGUAAUCCUGGGAAUCUUAGUUUUUUCCUAUGAUUGUGGUUUCUCAACUUCUUUACCUCUCCUUUGAGAGAGGUCCACCUCAGUUUUCUAAAGGUCAAAUUAAGGCCCCCCCAAAAAUACAGUAUGUAGCUGAAUUCCUUUGAAAGAUCAUGAUAAACUCAGAAGAACAAACACAUAGAAAGAAUGCCAUUUUUAAUUUUUUUAAAGAGUGUGUGAAAAUUCACUUUAACAAAUUUUAACAGGCAAGCCGGCAUGCAGAUAUGUAGGGAUGUGUGACUUUCACAGUUGUCACCAUGGACUUAGGCUUGAUUAAAAUGAUAUACAUUUACAGCGUUUUGGAAUUCCUUUUUGAUAAUAUUUUUAAGACGAGAUUUUGAGCCAUGUGAUAGUAUUACCUCAUAUUAAAUAUAUUGUACAGAAGUAAAAAUAAUCAUGUAUUCACUUUGAACUCCUCAAAACCUUAUUUAUUUAUUUACUUACUUAUUUACUUACUUGGUUUAGGAGCAGAGGUUUAAUAGGCAAAAGAAAGAGAAAGGAGACUAGCUCUCUCCUAUGAGAAGAGAGGGGUGUCCGAGUGAGUCUUCCCUCCUCAGAGCCUUUCCUUUUU